UCAAUUAUUGUAUUUUUUGGUAUAAAACUUCAGACCAUUAUGAAUGACGCUAAUCAAUUCUACCCAAUACGUCUACAAGAUGAGAGCUUUGAGAUUGAUAAAUUGAGUCAAGCAUCCCUUGGGAUGCCUUUCAACAUUACUAAUCACGAUCAAGAGAAACCUCUGACUGAAGUGGAAAUCAAGCAGGAAGGAUCAGCCAAGAAAAUAGAGUCGAAUAAUCUAUCAAGUGACAGUUCCGAGAAGAAGAAAAAGCGAGAGGCUAAAGAAGAAGCCAAAUCUUGUUCGGAGCGCAGCCAGACAAUGGACAAAAUUAAAGAAAAGAAGGAAAAAGAUAAGGAGAGAGCGAGGGAAAGUCGUCAAAAAUAAAAAGGAUUAUAUUAAAAAGCUUGAAGAUAGAAUAAAAGAACUAGAGGAAGAAAACAAAAGGAUAAAAUCAUACCUGUAUUUCUACUAUUAAAAAUCUAACCCUGCCUGGCCAGCAUACAAAUGGUUUCUGUAAAACAGGACAGAACAUGAGCAAAUAUUCGGGAAACUUCAAAGUAAAUUCUUGAUAAUAUAAGUAAUCUUAUACUAAAACAUACUUGGCUUGGCUAACAUUACCCGAUAUGGCCGAAUAAAAGUAAAUUUA